AUGGGUUUCAAAAUUGUUUUCUUCGCUGUCGCUGCUGUAGCGCCAACUGUAUACGCUCAAGGCGGGGCGUAUGCACAAUGUGGUGGUCAAGGUUGGAGUGGCGCAACAACAUGUGUUUCGGGUUACACAUGUACUUAUGGCAAUGCCUUCUAUUCUCAAUGUCUACCAGGCUCUGCGAUUUCGACACCAGUGACAACCACUCCGACAACAAUCAUCACAUCCACCACGAAAGUUACCACAACCACAGGUGGUAGCGCGACUACAACAGCAGCUGUUGCGGGUAAUCCAUUUGCAGGAAAAGCACUUUACGCCAACCCAUAUUAUGCUUCUGAGAUCUCUGCGACUGCCAUCCCUUCACUCACAGGAGCCAUGGCAACUAAAGCUGCUUCGGUAGCAAAAGUCCCGACCUUUGUUUGGCUUGACACCGCAGCCAAAGUGCCAGUGAUGGCGACAUAUCUUGCCAAUAUUCGGGCCUUGAAUAAAGCAGGGGCAAACCCACCUGUUGCCGGUACUUUCGUGGUCUACGAUUUGCCUGAUAGAGAUUGUGCAGCAGCUGCUUCGAAUGGAGAAUAUAGCAUUGCGAACAAUGGACUAGUGCAUUACAAAGCCUACAUCGACUCAAUCGUUGCUAUCCUCAAGACUUAUUCUGACGUUAGCGUUAUUCUGGUCAUCGAGCCGGACUCGUUGGCCAAUCUGGUUACCAAUCUUUCUGUUGCGAAAUGUGCCAAUGCACAGGCAACCUAUCUACAAGGUACCGAGUAUGCCAUCGCACAAUUGAAUCUGCCAAAUGUCUCUAUGUACUUGGAUGCUGGACAUGCUGGCUGGCUAGGAUGGUCGGCCAAUAUCACUCCGGCUGCAGCACUUUUUGGCCAGGUCUACAAAGCAGCAGGAAGUCCAUCUUCGGUUAGAGGUCUAGCUACCAAUGUCGCCAACUACAAUGCGUGGACGAGCUCUAGUUGCCCUUCCUACACCUCCGGCGACUCUAAUUGCAACGAGAAAUUGUAUAUUAAUGCUAUCGCUCCACUUUUGACGGCACAAGGUUUCCCAGCUCACUUCAUCACCGACACCAGUCGCAAUGGUGUUCAGCCUACAGCUCAAUUAGCUUGGGGAGAUUGGUGCAACCUCAGUGGCACCGGAUUUGGCGUUCGACCUACCACCAACACCGGAGAUGCCUUGGAGGAUGCUUUUGUUUGGAUCAAGCCAGGUGGAGAAUGCGAUGGUACUUCCAACACCAGCGCAGCUCGAUAUGAUUUCCAUUGCGGCCUAGCAGAUGCACUCCAACCAGCUCCAGAAGCUGGUACUUGGUUCCAAGCCUACUUUGCCCAAUUGCUCACCAAUGCCAACCCAAGUUUCUAA